UGUUCCAGUGCGCAGCAGUACUUCGCUCCAGUCUUUUGCUUUGUAGCCUACCACCGCUUCGCCGCCUCCUCUUUUUCUCCUCUCCCCGCCUAUGCCUGUCCCGGCAAGCAUCCAGCGAAUGUUCGGUCCACCCCCAGACCCCCUACAGGGAACAGUGAGAGAGCGGUUCCGUUCUGAGCACACAGCAUACUAUUGAAAGCUGCCAAGGGAAGACGUGGAUAAUAAGUGUCGUUGUUGACGUAACCCAGGAUUUUUUUUUCGGAGGUAUGCCUGUGCCAGACCAGCCAUCAGAGCAGGAGAAGGGAGCCAGUCUGCUGAGUCCAGGUCUACCGUCAUCUAACGGAGAUGGAUCAGACGGGACGGAGACCACCUCCGCUAUCCUGGCCUCCGUCAAAGAACAGGAGCUGCAGUUUGAGAGACUGACCCGUGAGCUGGAGGCAGAAAGACAGAUUGUAGCCACCCAGUUGGAGAGAUGCAAGCUGGGCUCUGAGACUGGUGGAAGUAUGAGCAGCAUCAGUUCGGCAGAUGAGCAGUUUCGCUGGAACAUCCAAGCUGAUGGCCAGAAGGACAUAGAGGAUGAGCUGACCACAGGACUGGAGCUGGUCGACUCCUGCAUCAGAUCCCUGCAGGAGUCUGGAAUACUGGACCCUCAUCAAUACAACACAGGAGAACCUCUUCUUUCCCAGAGUUCUUUGCAGCUCAACUCCACCCCAGAGGCUUCGCUCCAGUACUCCGCCAGCUACCAUAGCAACCAGACCCUCGCCCUUAGCGACAGUGCUGCAGCGGCAACCCCACAGCGCAGUGGACAGGUCGGAGGGGCCGUGCACAGCUACAACCAGGUGACAUCUAGUCGUGCGGCCCAGCAGCAGGCAGGGGGAGGGGGAGGUAGUGGUGGAGACUCCUUCUCUCAGAGCCAUGGCAGUGCCUUUCAUCUGCCUGAUGCACAGCUUCCUACAAUCGGUCAGUACUACUCCAGUUCCACCCUGCCUGCCCAGCGUGUGAGUUCCCCUCUGACUGGAGGGGGAUGUGGAGGGUCUGGUUCUCCCAGCAAGCUGCAGCGCCUGGGCUCAGCCUCAGACACACCGGGCUACGCUACCACCCAGCGCCUACCUUCCUCCUCCUCAUCCUCACCCAACAAACAGUCCCCAGCCAACCGACUCGCCAAGUCCUACAGCACCACUGGUGCCGUGACAACAACAGGGUCUCCGCUGAGGGUGGGCUCUCCACCCAACUCCAUAGCAACAGUUGCCGGGGGAGGGGCUAGCGCUUCAUCAUCCCCACUACACCUGAUGAGUUCGGGCAUAGGGAGCUACGCUACUCUGUCUCCUAAAAGACUGGCUGCUCACCACGCCUCCGACCAGUACAAGAUAUCCCAUGAGCUCUAUGCUACCGCUACGCUACAGAGGCCCGGCAGUCUGGCAGGUUCCAGGGGUUCCUACAGUAAUCAGCACAGUCACUGUGGUCCAGACCUGCGUCCCCUGGGAUCCCCAGACCACCACAAAGAGCCCAUCUAUGAGGACAGAGUCAACCACUACCACAAAGGACCUAUGAGGGGACUGGGAAACAACACUGCCCCAUCCUCCCCCGGUGUCGACUCCGCCUCUUUACAGCGAGCAGGCAGCCACAGCGCCGGCGGAAGCAGCCACAGCGCCGGAGGAAGCAGCCACAGCGCCGGAGGAAGUUAUGGUCGUGGGGGUGCCAAUAACUACACUACAGUGGGCCCAGGCUAUACAGCAGAGGCCUAUGCUACAGACCCCUACACUGCAGAUCCCUACCGUACACUACAGUACUGCCCAUCUGUAGAGUCUCCUUACAGCAAAUCUGGACCAGCCAUGCCACCUGAGGGCACACUGGCGAGAUCACCAUCUAUAGACUCCAUACAGAAAGACCCGAGGGAGUUUGGAUGGAGGGAUCCAGAGUUACCUGAGGUGAUUCAGAUGCUGCAGCACCAGUUCCCUUCAGUCCAGUCCAACGCUGCAGCCUACCUCCAACACCUCUGCUUCGGAGACAACAAUAUCAAAUCAGAGAUUCGUCGUCAGGGUGGGAUCCAGCUGCUGGUAGACCUGUUGGACCACCGUAUGAGUGAGGUCCACCGCAGUGCCUGUGGAGCCUUGAGGAACCUGGUCUACGGCAAGGCCAACGACGACAACAAGAUCACCCUGAAGAACUUUGGGGGCAUACCUGCCCUCGUACGCCUGCUACGCAAGACGGGAGAUGUGGAGAUACGAGAACUGGUCACAGGUGUGUUGUGGAACCUGUCAUCGUGUGACGCCCUGAAGAUGCCAAUCAUCCAGGAUGCGUUGGCCGUUCUGACCAAUAGCGUCAUCAUCCCCCACUCUUCCUCCUGGGACUCCUCCCACAAUCUCCAUGACGACCGCAAGCAACACACACACACCUCCCAGGUGCUCCGCAAUGCCACCGGCUGCCUCAGAAAUGUGAGUUCUGCUGGAGAGGAGGCCAGGAGGAGGAUGAGAGAGUGUGACGGACUGACAGACUCCCUCCUCUACAUCAUACAGACCGCUCUGGGCAGCAACGACAUCGACAGCAAGACCAUAGAAAACUGUGUGUGUAUACUGCGUAACCUGUCCUACCGACUGGCAGCGGAGACGUCUCAGGGCCAGCAGCUGGGUUCAGAAGAGCUGGACGGUCUGCUGUGUGACGCCAACGGACGUGACGGAGAGACCUCAGGCUGCUGGGGCAAGAAGAAGAAGAAGAAGAAGGGACAGGACCAGUGGGAUGGUGUAGGCCCUCUCCAAGACUCAGCUGACCCUCCUAAAGGGGUACAGAUGUUAUGGCACCCGUCCAUAGUGAAGCCCUACCUCACCCUGCUUUCAGAGUGCUCCAACCCUGAUACACUGGAGGGAGCGGCUGGAGCCCUGCAGAACCUGGCUGCAGGCAGCUGGAAGUGGUCUGUGUAUAUCCGGGCUGCGGUGCGUAAAGAGAAAGGCCUUCCUAUCCUGGUGGAGUUGUUGAGGAUAGACAAUGACCGUGUGGUGUGUGCCGUGGCCACCGCACUCAGGAAUAUGGCCCUGGACAUCAGAAACAAAGAACUGAUAGGUAAAUACGCCAUGCGUGACCUGGUCCACCGGUUACCUGGCAGUAGCAGCAACAGUACCGGGGGCAGUGGUGGGACUAGUGGAGGUACCGGGGGCCCGAUGGCACCCGGUAAGACCAUGUCAGACGAUACGAUAACGGCUAUCUGCUGCGCUCUGCAUGAGGUCAUCACUAAGAACAUGGAAAACGCCAAAGCACUGAGAGACGCUGGCGGGAUAGAGAAGCUCAUCGGCAUCGCUCGCAGCAAAGGAGACAAACACUCAGCCAAGGUGGUGAAGGCUGCAUCUCAGGUGCUCAGCAGUAUGUGGCAGUACAGAGACCUACGCAGCCUCUACAAGAAGGAUGGAUACUCUCAGUAUCACUUUGUUGGUUCUGCCUCUACGAUAGAGAGAGACAGACAGAGACCCUACUCCUCCUCUCGCACCCCGUCUGUGUCCCCUGUACGAACCUCACCCAACAACCGCUCAGUAAGCGCCCCGGCAUCUCCCAGAGAGAUGAUGAGUAUGAAGGAUCGCAAGCCUGAAAACGACUCCACGGCAACCAACGCAGGUUUCCACAGCAACAAAGGAGAGCACACAUCCCGGAAAGACGCCAUGGCAGUCCAAAUCUCCUGUGGAACAUCCACGUUGUUCCGGAACUCUUAUGUAACUGCUAAUGACGACAUUAAACACAACCAGAUCCCUCCUCAGCCCAUGACCAUAGCUCCGCAGGCAGACUGCUCCUCUACACCUAUAAAAGAAUACGACACUUUCCCUCCAUCCCUCCCUCCAUCCUUCCCUCCGCCGCAGAACCCUGGCCGCAUGCUGGAUGACUCCUUCUUCGUGCCUCCAGACCAGCCCCUCCCCCAGCCCCCAUCUCAGGCUGCCACUGACCUCCGGAUGCACCUGGGCCUCAAAUCCACCGGCAACUACGUGGACUUCUACUCUGCAUCCCGGCCCUACUCCGAACUCAACUACGAGACCAGCCACUACCCGGCCUCGCCUGACUCCUGGGUCUAGAGACAGGAGUCACAACUUAUCUCUGGUCCUGGAGAGACAUAGGCUUGUGCAGGCUUUUGCUCCAGCCUUGCAGUAACAACACCUGAUUCAAUUAAAGUGUUAUGAACAGUUGUUUUUAGGAUAUCAGGUUUAUUAGUGCUGGGCUGGAACAAAAGCCUCCAUGGUCCUGUAGCUCUCCCGGACUGGGAGUGAAAACACUGGUGUAGAGUAAGGUGGGAGUGGGAGGUUAAUAUUAGUUACUAACCGCAGCAGAGAUUGGGGGGGUAGAGGAGGGAGGUGCCAGGGGUUUGUUAGGGACUGAGGCGUGAAGAGAGACUGUGCAUGUGCAUGAAUACCACAAUACAUUUUCUUUCUGCCAGUUCAGUUUGUUCAAAGCUUGUUCCACUGGGAAAGGGAAUGUAUGGAUAUGUCAAAAGGGAGAGAAAGAAAGAGAGGGAGAUAGACAGAGGAAAGAGAGAGAGAGAGAGAAGGCCUUGACGGAAAGAGAGAGUGAAUGAUGACGGAGGGCUCUUACAUUGACCUUCAGGAAGGAGGAGAAGAGACGAGGUGUGGAGAAAUGGAGGAAAGGAAGAGUGGCGGUGAGGGUUCUUACAUUGACCUUCAGGAAGGAGAAGAGACGAGGUGUGGAGAAAUGGAGGAGAGGAUGAGUGGCGGUGAGGGUUCUUUGGCUAAUCGGGAUGAAAAGCGACAGAAUAGAGAAGGGAGAGAGGGAUGAGUGGAAUACACCAAGCUCAAGGCAAGAGUGGAUGUUUACAGGAAAAACUAAGGGAGCAGCUUUCCACCCAUUCAUUACAUUGACUUCUGACUUUCACCUUUCUAUGGAAUGUCCUCUAUUCAAGAAGACUCUUCCAGCCAUUUUAUUUUCACAUAUUUUUUAUUUGUAUUUUUUAAAGUUGUGGAUGUAUAGCAUUUUUGGUGUACAGUACAGUGACAGUUGAGAGACUUGUGUGGUAUUGUGUAUAUUACACGAGUCACUAGCGACCGACCACUGCAUAUUGUUAGUCUGUAACAGGAGAGGCUGAGAAGAAAACACACACCAUUUGGAACAAUGUCUAACAAUGAUCACUGUCUCCUUCCCCACACCACAUCUGUUUGAACAGCCAGUGGUUGACUAGCAGUAUUGUCUGUUCUCUGAUCACGAAAAAUGUCUGUCCAAAGCAGUUCAAGACCGACUACAACACCGAUGACAUCAUUCCACACUCCAUCUUGACAGACUGCUUUUUCACUGCCUAAACAAUUAGAUGUAGAUAUUUGAAAUAUACGUUUCUUGUUUCUCCGUUUCCACACUCUGAUAUUUUGUUUUGAAGAUACAGUAUUUAAAAGUUCUGAAUUAAAAUGGUUUUGUCAUCCACAGUUACAUGAUACAGUCUGUCCCGUGUACAAGAACCAACCUUCUGCUUUCUAAGACGUUCUACUAGGUUGUACAUACCACCACUGUACAUUAGAGAGAGAAGUGACAUUGUGCCAAACUUUGCCCUCUCUGGUUCCAGCCCUAGACUGGAGGAUGUAUGCGACUCUCAGUUGACGUUUGCAGACCAUGACCAGUCAUUCUCUCUCUUGUUUGUAACUGCGUUGGUUUUGAUGGGAGUAAGUUAUACACUACCUACAGAGGGGUAUCACUAUAGAAAGGGGUACGUACGUCUCCUUCUUAAAUGAACAGACCUGCCUAUGUUAGUUGAGCGUGUAUGUGUGUGCGUGUGUGUAUGUGUGCGCAUGUGCGCGUUCGGGUGUGUGUCUUGAUCACUGUCUGAAAGAAGAGGCAUCCCUCCAGAUAAGAGUCAGAUUUUACAAAACACAACCCAAAGCAAAAUUCACUUGUCUAACAUGUCUAUAGAGAAUGAAUGACAAAUCUAUAUAUACUGCCUUCAGAAAGUAUUCACACCCCUUGACUUAUUCCACAUUUUGUUGUUACAGCCUGAGUUCAAAAUGGAUGAAAUAUGUUUUUCUUCUCACUCAUCUACACACAAUACCCCAUAAUGUUUGCAAAUGUGUUGAAAAUGAAAUACAGAAAUAUCUCACAACUUUGGCAGCGAUUGGGAGUCUUUCUGGGUAAGUCUAAGAGCUUUACACACCUGGAUUGUGCAACAUUAUACCCAUUAUUUUUGAAAUUCUUCAAGCCCUGUGUUUUCAAGUCUGCCAUAGAUAAUUUAUUUGUAUUUAUUUUUUCCACCCUUUUUCUCCCCAAUUACAAUCUUGUUUCAUCGCUGCAACUCCCCAAUGGGCUCUGAAAAGGGGAAGGUUGAGUCAUGUGUCCUCCGUAACAUGACCCGCCAAACUGCGCUCCUUAACACCCGCCCACUUAACCCGGAAGCCAGCUGCACCAAUGUGUCAGAGGAAACACUGUUCAACUGACGAUUGAGGUCAGCUGGCAGGUGCCCUGCCUGCCACAAAGCGUCGCUAGAGCGUGAUGAACCAAGUAAAUGAACCAAUGGAGCAUGGUACUCAGUAAUGUAUUGUAUUGAAUUUGCCCCAAACAUAACACCUUGUAUUCAGGACAAACGGUUAAAUGCUUUGCCAUAUUUUUUUGCAGUAUUACUUUAGUGCCUUGUUGCAAACAGGAUGUAUGUUUUGGAAUAUUUUUAUUGUAAACAGGCUUCCUUCUUUUCACUCUGUUAAGUAGGUUAGUAUUGUGGAGUAACUACAAUGUUGUUGAUCCAUCCUCAGUUUUCUCCUAUCACAGCCAUUAAACCCUCUACUGUUUUAACUUCACCAUUGGCCUCAUGGUGAAAUCCCUGAGCGGUUUCCUUCCUCUCCGGCAGCUGAGUUAGGAAGGAUUUUAGGAAGGAUUCAAUGUGUUUUUAAAAAAAAACAUAUUUAACCCUUCUUCGCGAGGCAUUGGAAAAUGUCCCUGGUCUUUGUGGUUGAAUAUGUGUUUGAAAUUCACUGCUCGACUGAGGGACCUUAUAGAUAACUGUAUCUGUGGGGUACAGAGAUGAGGUAGUCAUUCAAAAAUCAUGUUAAACACUAUUAUUGCAUACAGAGGGAGUCCAUGCAACUUAUUGUGACUUGUUAAGUACAGUUUUACUUUUGAACUUAUUUAGGCUUGCCAUAACAAAGAGGUUGAAUACAGUGGAGGCUGCUGAAUGGAGGACGGCUCAUAAUAAUGGCUGGAACGGCACUAUUGGAAUGACAUCAAACACAUAGAAACCAUGUGUUUGAUACCAUUCCACUUAUACCACAACAGCUAUUACCACAAGCCCAUCCUCUCCAAUUAAGCUGCCACCAACCUCCUGUGGUUGAAUACUUAUUACUCAAGACAUUUAAGCUUUCAUGUUUUAUUAAUUUGUAAAAAAAUAAAAUAAUUGAAAAACAUCAUUCCACAUUAUGGGGUAGUGUGUGUAGGCCAGUGACACAAAAACAACAAUUUAAUCAAAAGUCAAGGGGUGUGAAUACUUUCUGAAGGCACUGCAUAUAUAUAUAUAUACAAGGUAUCAAACACAUGGUUUAUGUGUGUUUGAUGUCAUUCCAUAUACGUAUAUAUAUAUAUAUAUACUUUUUAUGUGCAGGUGUUGGUGUCACUAAAAGCAACAAUGUUUUAUGGAGAAAAACAAACCUGUACAAUAUGACUCUGUUCACGUGACUGUACUGAUGAUGACGAUGAUGAUGAUGAUGAAGUUUGAACCCCCUGUUGAGAAGACAGCUCGGUUCCAAUAUUCACACCAGCAUACUAGUUAUUUGGCCAUACAUUCUAAGCAGUACGCUAGAGUAGAUAUUGGAACGUAGCAGAACCAACAGAACCUAGCUGAUGAUAGUGAUGAUGUUGACACUAUGGUGCGCGUUGUGAUGUCGUGUGUCCUGGCUUAUUAGAAGACCUUACUGAGUGUGGAUGCUACCUUUAACACCAGGUAAAUAAAAGACUCUUUGCAAUCUA